UUCAUUCACUCGUGUUCUUGCCCUCAGAGAGAGCAAAUGUCAAUAGGAGCUCGCGGAAGGAAGUAAUGGAGCAGACGGAUAACUUUUAUUAAGAACUGAAUUAAUUUCGCGGUUUUUCCUUAACGUCUCGAUUGAGAGCGUGACGCUUUGCGCGGCGCGCGCGGCUGAUCUAGACGUUUACUGGACGUUCAUGUGAUUUUCAUCUUUAGUCGUGAACAUCAUACAUUGAAAUGUGUCAAACCAACGGUGACAUGACGCCUGUUUUCUCUCGGUAACCCCAGAAAUAUCAAAGAAACACUCGAGGCACAUUAGGAAUCAGAAAUCAUCAGAAAAGCGCUGAUAUGGAUCUUAUAGGAGUCUACCUGCUUCAUCUCACCUUUGCUGCUCUGCAGGUGUUGCUGUCUGCGGGGAGAGAUUGUCUUAUAGCUGGAGACAGCUGUUCCAGCGAUGAGACCUGCAGUCCGCGUCUCAGGACGCUGCGGCAGUGCGUGGCCGGUAACGGCAGCAUAAAGCUCGGCCCCGGGGCCCGCAGUCAGUGUGCAAACGCGGUGUCGGCCCUGCUGUCCAGUCCUCUGCACGGCUGCCAGUGUAAGCGCGGCAUGAAGAGAGAAAAGAACUGUCUUAGUAUAUACUGGAGUCUACACCAGUCUGGCAUUCAUGGGCUUAACUUGGUUGAGAAUUAUCCAUAUGCAACAGCGGAGAAAGGAUUCGACUAUGUACGUCUGGCCUCCAUCACUGCAGAUUCUGUGGUUGGUAUGACAACAGUGAACCGUUGUCUGGAUGCAGCCAAAGCUUGCAACGUCGACGACGUAUGCCAGAAACUGCGCACCGAAUAUGUGUCGACAUGCAUCAAGCCGUCUACCAAGUCGGGCCUUUGCAACCGGUCCAGGUGUAACAAGGCCCUGCGUCGUUUCUUUGACCGGGUUCCAGCGGAGUACACGCACGAGCUGCUCUUCUGCCCUUGCAGUGACAUGGCCUGCUCGGAGCGACGUCGACAGACCAUAGUCCCCAGCUGCUCCUAUGAGGGAGAAGACAAACCCAGCUGCCUCUCCCAGUUAAGGAUCUGCAAGGCCGACUAUGUGUGCAGGUCUCGUCUGGCCCAGUUUCAGUAUGACUGCCAAUCUGAGGAGCAGUCACCCACCGGCUGCAAACAAGGAAACUAUGCAGCUUGUCUCCUUGCAUACACUGGACUGAUAGGCAGCCCAAUCACCCCAAACUACGUGGACAACUCCACAUCCAGCGUGUCUCCCUGGUGCUCCUGCUCAGCCAGUGGCAAUUUGAAGGAUCAGUGUGGAGAGUUUCUGGACUACUUCACAGACAACAUUUGCCUCAGGAACGCUCUCCUGACAUUUGGGAACGGAAUGGACUUCGCUCCAACUUCGACCCAAUCUUUGCGGCCGGGCCCUGCGACGGACAAAGAGCUACGACAGCCGACUCCUGUGUUCGUCACCAUGGAUACUGAACGGAACGACAUUCCAAGUCCACCCAGACCCACAGAGGAAUCUGUAAAGGUGAAACUUUUGUACGACUCCAAAUCGUCCUUCGAUACGCACCAGAACUCUGCACACGUGUCGGCUGCAGCAUUGCUACCAGUUUGCAUUUGUAUAUUUCUCAACUUCUUGCUCAGCUAAACGGACUGAGAGAAUUUUGGGACGCCGAUCCCAACACGUUUGUGAUUUUGGACCAACUGGAACAUUUUUUAGCACCUGAGGUGAAGAAACCGGCCAAAGUGGCAUGAUUUUUCUGACAUUGAAGUCAUUGUGUUAUCUGUUUUACCACCUAUAAAACUACAGACUGAGAAUUUACAAGGCACUUUUGUAGAAAUGAAUGUGGUUUGCUAAGAAGCCAAAAACAAAGUUCAGUGGAAAGCAUAUCUGUACAUAUGUACAUAGUCUCACAAAGAGUCGAUAUGGAACUUUGCUGAUCACAAAGAGUUUUGGUGUUAAAUCAUAUUUUUGUUGUCGGAUGGAAAGGAAUUCAAAGACUGAAUCUACUAAGUUUCUAAAGCCCGAAUUACCUCCUAGCGCUCAACACGAAAUCAAUCCCUGAUGAAAUGUGGAGGGGAGAGAAAUGAAUCUUUUUCUUUUCCCCUUUUAUAGUUCCUCAUGCAUCAGUACAACCAUUCGGAGAUCCCUUGAGCAAAACGGGGAUUUAAUAUAAUUCUGUUCAACUUGACUGAAGAGAAGACAAAGGCUAUUUCUGAUCAAUAAUGGAAUGGUUGUGCCUAUGGGUGGGAGUAAACAAUAUUCCUCCUAAAGCUCAUGCCAACCCCCAAAUGCAGAAUGGGCCACUGGGAUAUAAGCUAUAUAUAGUAUACUGGCUAUCUCAACUAACUAAACUUCAAAUACCGAUACAGACUCCCAUCAAAUGUUGUCUUUAUGUAAAAUAUAUAUUCCUAUGAGGAGUAAAGAUGAAUACGGUUAUGAUGAACGUUGCAGGUAUACAGUACAUGAAGAAAAGAAAUAGACGUUUUAUAAAAGGAAGGCUGUGAAUCUCAUUAUAUGAAACAUUCUUUGGUUCAUCACAUAUGCCAAUAAUAAAAGAUGCUGGUUCAUUUAA